UAGGUGUAGAUAAAUAAUAAGCAUUUUGUACAUGGGAAUGACAGACUCUUCACAAGUUGAGGUGAUUUAGAUUGCAUUGCAUUGAGUAGUCUGGACGCCUCCUGUGUUCUGAUUGGACAAAACAUUUGACACGUUCACCUCAGCUUUUCAGAUGUGCCGUCACGUAUGCUAUAUAUAAGAAGCACAUCGGUGUGAGCCGUGAGGACAGAAAACGUGUGCAAGGCGGACAGAGACACAAUGAAGUCUUUUAGGAGCUUGGUAUGUUGCCUUUCUCUUCUGUUGGUGGAUCUCACCCAAUCCUACGACCUUCACGACCCAUCAUACAUCUUGGGCCAAAGUUACUCACAGAGGAGAAAUAACGGCCUGCCGUACAGGACACUGAACCCUGCAGCGACAGACUCCCAGUGCAGAAGCCGUCCAUUGGACCUGGUCUUCAUCAUCGACAGCUCACGUAGCGUGCGUCCAGGUGAGUUCGAGAAGGUCAAGAUCUUCCUGGCCGACAUGGUGGACACCCUCGAUGUCGGCCCGGAUGCCACGCGGGUUGCGGUGGUGAACUACGCCAGCACGGUAAAAAUCGAGUUCUUGCUGAAGCACCAUCUCUCGAAGGACACCAUAAAGCAAGCCAUCAACCGCAUUGAACCCUUGGCAGCUGGCACCAUGACGGGUAUGGCCAUCAAGAAAGCUAUGGAUGAGGCCUUUACUGAAAAGUCAGGAGCACGACCUAAAUCCAAGAACAUCUCGAAGGUCGCCAUUAUCGUCACCGAUGGACGUCCACAAGACCAGGUGGAAGAGGUGUCCGCUGCCGCGCGAGCUUCUGGGAUUGAAAUUUAUGCGGUUGGAGUGGACCGGGCUGACAUGCGUUCACUGAAGCUCAUGGCCAGCAACCCCCUGGAGGACCACGUGUUUUACGUGGAGACCUACGGCGUUAUUGAGAAGCUCACCUCGAAGUUUCGGGCGACACUGUGCGGUAUGGACCCCUGUGCUAUGGGACAUGAUUGUGAACACAUUUGUGUCAACAGUGGCUCCUCCUUUAACUGCAAGUGUCGGAGUGGCUUUAUUUUGAACGAGGACCAGAAAACAUGUUCCUUAAAACAUAUGGAUGCCUGUCAAAUAGGACACAACUGUGAACACAUUUGCGUUAGCAGAGACGACUCUUAUUUCUGCAAGUGCCGUUCGGGUUUCGUCUUAAACGACGACAAGAAAACGUGCUCCAUUAAAGGUGCUGGUGCUUACAGCCGUGCCGACCGCGUACGUGGUGGUAACCAAGACGGAGAAAAUAGCGCUAGUGUCGAUGCCUGUGCAUUGGGCCACGACUGCCAACACACUUGCGUACCCAAUGGUUCUUCUUAUUACUGCACAUGCCCGACUGGCUUUGUCCUGAUGCAGGACAGGAGAUCGUGCUUCAAAGCCAGUGAUCGUGAUGAUGGUAGUGCCAGUCUGGAUUACUGUGGUCGGGGUCAUGACUGUGAUCACAUUUGUGUCAACGGUGGUGCUUCAUAUCACUGUGAAUGCCGGAUGGGUUUUGUGUUGAAUGAAGACAAGAAAUCAUGUUCCAAAACACAGGUAAAGGUGGAGAUAAUUCAGGAUCCCUGCAUGUGUGAAGCUAGACUGGCUUUCCAAAGACAGACACAAACCUCCAUUCAGGACCUCAACGCCAAACUUGCUGCUGUCACAAGAAAGGUUGAGCAAAUGGAGAAUACGCUGGGACGGAUGUAACAGAGCAUUUUAUGGGUCAAUCUGACAUUUCAGCAAUACUUCUAGAGACUUCAUCAUCUACAUGAACAUCUCUUAAACUGUCAUGGCUGAUGUUGAAAUGAUGCUACUGAAUAUUAGACCCAAACAUCAUUUUACAAAUGUCAAAGAAAUGUUUGUGAGGCUGUUGAUCUAAAAAAAGUAUACUAAUAUGAAUAGUAUAUAUUAAUAUACUGAUAAAUGUUUUAUCUUAUUUAAUCUUAUAUAAUGUGUUGCAAAUGGUUUAUUUGCUGUCCAGUUAUGAUCAAGAUUUUGUGCUGUAAUUUUAUUGCUCUGUAUUUUAUGUUGUUUUACUUUAAACAAAAACCUUGAACAUAUUUAACCAUAUUAUUAUUGUUUAUUCUAUGUCUUAAAUAUUCAAUUAGACAAUUAAAUACAAUAUA